AUGCCACACAUCACAGCAUCGCCGCAAAGGACGCAAGCAAUCGGAGCAACACGAAGAGAGGAAACCAGAGCAACGCAAGGAAGGGGGAGGAACAGGGGAGGAGGAGGGGAGGAGACCAAGGGAAGGGAGAAAAGGAGACCCGAACCAGAGCGGGGGGCGGGCGCGACGGGCGGCGGAGACGAGAGGGGCCAGAACGCGGGAAGUCGGGAAGGCGGGGGAAGCGAGACAAACACACGAAAAGGAGGGAGGACGAGAGGGGAGGGGCGCCAAGGCGAAAGAAGACACGAGACAGGAAGAACAACAACGAGAGGCAAGCAGGAGGGGCAACAAGCACGAAAGGACAGGGGGGGAAAGACGAGCGGAGCAAGCAGGACGGCGCGGCAACAACGAGAAGAAGGGGCACCGGGCGGAGGGGACAACAGCCGAGGACAAGAAGGACGGCAGCGGAGGGGACACACGGGGCAAGAAGCAGGAAAGGAAGAGGGACCGAGCGCGGGGAGCGAAAGGACAAAACCCGAAGGCGGGCCAGACCGGCAACGGCGACAGGGGACAACCGCAGGAAGGGAGCAGGGAAGGCAGGAAGCGCCCCGGGCCGGGGCCAAGGGGGAAAAGGGGCGAAAAGGGCAGCGCCCGCCAACGGAGGAAGGGGCAGCACCGAGAGAAACGCACCGGCAGCAACGAAGAAGGGGCGGGGGCAGGAGCACGCGACGGACGCACGGACAAAAGCGCGGGAAACGGCGACAAGGACGAAAAGCGGGGGGGAACCAGGGGGAGGGGGAAGGGACGGGAAGAAGCAGGGGCGGACACCGCAAGGAAGGCGGGACAGCAGGGGGAAGCAAGCAGAGCGCAGAGGCAAGACGCGCAGCGGGGGAGAAGGCAAGAAAGCAGGGGCGACCAACCGCAACGCAGGAGAAGAAGGGGAGAGAGGCGGAGGAAACGCGAGGAGGGGAAAAACCGACGAAGGCGGGCCGGCGGAGGGAGCAAGGAAGGCGGGGGGAAGGGGACGAAGAGGGAGAGGGCAAGCCGGCCAACAGGGGGGAAGAAGAGGGGAGGAGGCAACAGGGGCCGAACCACGAGAAAAGCGCGGGGCCGCGCGAGCGCGGACGGACGCGGGCGGGGGCGGCAGAGCAGGCCGGCAGGAGCAGGACCGAAAGGGGGCGAAGGACGCAAACGCGGGCAAAGGAGGAAAACGAAGCGAGCGGAGCCGCGGCGCCAAGACACCGAAAGGGGACGGGGAGGGCGGCGAACGAAAAGAGGCGAGGCACCCCCCCCCCCCCGCGAGACGCGCAGCGCAGGCGAGCGGGACCAACAAGGGGGAGCAGAGCCAAGACCGGGAGCGGGAAAGGCGGGGCAGGGACGGCCGGGGAGAGCCCGAGGCAAAAGCGCGGGAAAAGCGGGCAGAGGGCGGGGCACGGGGGGGGAAAAAGGGAAAAGGAACAGGCGCAGCGCGCCAAACAACGGGCAGGGAGGCGGGCGAAAGGGGAGGACGGGAAGGGAAGAAGGCAGGCGCGCCGAGGCGCCAGGCAGGAGGAAAGGGGGGACGGCAGAACAACCGGACCAAGCACAAGCAGGAGGGCGAAGGCGCAAGCAGCCGCACAGGGAGCAGGAGCGCCACAGAGGAGACGAAAACCAAAAGACCAGGACGCCGCAGAAGAAGAGACAAGAGCGAAGCGGGACAAGGGAGCAAGAAAGAGGCGCGACAACGCGCGGGAGGAGGCCCGGGGGCCAAGAGGCCGAAAAGGCAAGAAGGCGAGGGAAGGGGGAAGGGCCGAAGGAGGGGGGAGAAGGAGACGAGCAAGAAAAGGACAACAAGCGGACAAGGGCGAGGAAAAAAGGCGAAGAGGGCAAAAGGCGGCCAAAGGAAGCAAGCAGGGAGAGGGAACGCAGAGGCACCAGACGGAGGGGCGAGGGAGCAGAGCGGGGAAAAGAACGCACGGAGAAGGAAAGGAAGCGGAAGAGCCGGCGGGGGCGACCGAAAGCAGGGGAAAGGAAGGGGAGGGCAAGGAGGGACAGGCGAGAGAGGAAAACAACAAGCACGGCCAAAAGGGGCAGGGAGCGCAAGGCGGAGGAGGGCGAACAGGAACCAAAAGAGGCCGAAGAGGCAGAAACAAGAAACAGGGCGCGCGGGGCAAAGCAAGCAGCAGCAACAGCCAACAGGGCGAAAGCGAACGCGGGGGAGGGGAGCGGAGGAACAAGAGGCACGAGGGGGCAGGAAAAGGAAAAGAGGCAGGAGAAAGAACAACGGGCAAGAGCCACAACGGGCGAGCCACCGAAAGAAGCAGGAGAACGGCCCGCAAACCGCAAAAGCGGAAACCAGGGACGCGCAGCGAGGGGCGAGAAGGGCCGAAAGCCAGGACACGGCAAGGCGAAACGGGCCACAGCCCAGAGGAAGCAAACAGCAAGAGAACAAGGCGACCACAAGGCCCGCAAAAGAGACGGGAGAAAGAGAGAAAAGAAGCGACAAACCGGAAGCAGCAAACGCCAGAAAGGAAGGAAGAAGGAAGGCAAGGGGAGGAAACGAAACGGCGGACACAGGCGCAACCGAAAGGAGCGCCGCAAGCGCGAGCGCAGAAGACGAAAGCACGGAGGAGGAGAAAGGACGGCGGGGCCGAGGCAGGCAAGAGGCAGACGAACGAGGGCGCAGGGCAGAGGAAGACGAGGGAAAGGGCAGGCAGCCGCGGGGAGGCAGCGGAGGCAAGGGCGGGGAGAAGGGGACCGCCAAAGGAAGCGGGCACCGAAAGGAGGAGGAGGGGCAAGGGGAGAAAGAGCACGGACGCCAAACGCAAGGAGGAGAACGCGCGGCGCAGGCGGAGCGAGAAGGAACGAAAGCAAGGGCGGAGGGAGAACAAGAGGCGAGGCAGGCGAAGGAGCAGCGGGAGAAAGAGGGGCGCGCGCGAAAGGAGCGGGCACAGCAAAAGAGAAGAGAGAGCAAGAACGGCGGGAAGGGGGGAGAAAGGCAAGAAGGCAGCCAACCGAAGGGAGAGAAGGAGGAAGGAAGCCAGACGGCCCGGGGAAAGAACGGGAAGGGGGGGAACCCCAGCGCCGCGGCACAAGGCGAAGGGAACAAAGCCACGAAGGCAGAGGCACACGAAAGCGGCGAGGCCGCAGGGGGGCAAGGACCCACCCAGGGGGCGGAGCCGAGGAGGGGAGGGAACAAGGGCGAAACACCACAAGCAACAAGCCAACCGAAAGGGACGGCGGGACAACGAAGGGGGGAAGCGGGAAAGAAGAAAGCGAGGAAGGGCAAGCCGAGACAAAGCGAGGGCAAAAGGAAGGGACCAAAGGGCAAGAAACAGAAGCACGCCAGAAAAAGGGGCAGCCGAACGGGAACACGCAAGCCAACAAAAAGACGAAGGGGAACCAGAGGCAAGAGCGGCCGAAAGGCACACGAAAGAAGCCGGCACAAGGAAGCGCAAGAAGCGGACAAAGCAGACAACCCGAAAGAGCCGGCAAAAGAGCGGGGGAGGGCAAGGGAGGGACGGGGCCAGCAGAAGAAGAGGGGGGGAGGACCCAGAACCGCGGCCAAGAGCAGGAGGGGAAAGGAGGCAGCGGCGGAAACAAACCAAGCAGCGCAAGCAGGAGGAAAAGCGGCCGCAGGAAGAGCAACGGAAGAAAGAGAAGGCGAAAGGCGGGGCCAGCAGCCAGGAGGAGGAGCGCACAGCAAGGGAGAGAGAGGACCGAGGAGGAGGCGGGGAGACGCGAGGGGAGAGGGGGGCCAAAGGGACGGCGAACCCCCAAGGACCCGAAACGAAAGGGGGACCGAAAAACACAGAAGCGGGGAGGCAGGAAAAACAGGGCAGAGGGGAGAGGGAGAGGGGAGGCGCAAGACAGAGGACGGGGGACAAAACAAGGGGGAGCAACGGGAAGGAAGGGGAGGGACCCAAAGGGAGCGGGGGAGGGGAAAAGAGCGGCAAAACGCGGGGAAAAGGGGACAGCAGCAACAAGGGAAGAACAAGGCAAGAGGGCGCGGAGGGGGAAGGACGGAAGGGCAAGCGGCGAAGCACAAGGCAAGGGGGGACAAAGGAGACAAAGGAGAAGGGCGCAAAGACGAAGGCAAAAGCGGGAACACGAAAGAGAACAAGACAGCGGGAACAGGGACAACGAAAGAAGAAGAGGGAGGGAGGAGCGGGAAAGGCGGCGAAGGCGAACGGGGGCGGGGAGCCAAAAGGAAGGCAGAGCGCAAGCAAGAAGGGCACAACAAACGAAGGCAGCGGAACGGGAAGACGAGAAACAAGCGGGCCAAGAGAAAGCGCGGAAGAGGGCGACCCGAAGCAGCGGACACGAAAGAGAAAAGAGGGGAGGCAGGGCAAAAAGGAAAACAAGGCAAGGCAGCCGGCAAGGCAAAAGAGGGAGAGACAAAGGCGCGAGCGCGAAGCCGGCGACAGAGGGACCGCGGGGGACCAGGGGAGCCAGCAAGGGGGAGGGGAAGAAAAGAGACGCGGGGGAGAGGAGAGGACGACACAAGAGAGACAGGGGGGCGGGCGGGAAAAAGAAGAAGGAAACAGAAACCAGCGCGGCCAAAGCGGGGGAGACAACGGCAAACAGAAAAGGAGCGCAAAAGAAGACGAAGAAGAGCAGAGCAGGGAACGGAAGGGGCAACAAAGGCAGAAAGGAAGGCGGGGCGCAAAAGGGAAGGGCCACCAACGGCGGCAGCACGAACGCCGCAGCAAAACGGAGGAGCCGAAAGAAGAAACAGAACCGGGAAAGAAGCGGCACGAACGAGGAGCGCGCACGCAGGACGACCGAAGAGAGGGGGGCGGAAGCCAGAAACACGGCAGGCGAGACACAAAAGAGAGCCGGGAGCAACAAAGCGCACAACAAGACACCAGAGGAGGGAGGGAAAGGGAAAACACCGAGGAGCGGGAGGGCAGGGCGGGGGGGCAGGGGCGGCAGACAGAACAACGGGAAAGAAGCAGCGAAGAGCGGGGACGAAAGAGCGGAGGAAGGGGGAGGCAGGGGAGACGCCGCGGGAAGCAAAGCAGGCAGAGGGCGAAACAAACGAACAAGGGGAAGGGAGGAAGCCAGGCAGGGCAAGGGGGAGGAACAAGCGGAGAGGAACCCAGCAGGAGGAAAACAGCAAGCAAGGCAAAGCAAAAGCCGCAGCAACCGGGGGACGAAAAGACCGCAGACGAAGAAGACAGACGCGCGGCCGACACGAAAGAGCAGCGAAAGGGGCAGGAACCCGAACCGGGGCGCAAGAAAAGGGGGAAGGCAACAGAAGGAGCCGGCAGCGAGCACAACAGCGGAACCAAGGAGGACAGGGAGCGACCGGAGAGGCCGGAAAGGGACGCGCAAAAGCAACAAGAGGCGGGGGAACCAGACCGGCGAGGGGGAAAAGAGCAGCCAGCAGAGCAGGGGAGGGGAAAGAGGCAAGAAGGGGGAAGAACAAGAGCCGCCGGGCACGAAAGGAGGAGGGCAGGGGGCGGGCACAAAGGGAACCAAAAACCAGAGAAGAAGCGCGAAAAGACCCAGACGGGGGAAGAGCCAGGCAAGAAGAGCGCCAGCAAGGGGAACGAAAGAAGGGAGGGGAACGGGGCCGAGACCAGCGCAGCAGAAGGGCAGGGGAACGAAAGGGGGGGGAGAAACAAAAGGAGGGAAGAGGGGCGCAGGGGGAGGAACAAAGCGCGGCGGGGGCGAAGGGGGAGGGCCAAGAAGAAGGGAGGGAGGGGGAGGAAACCGGCGCCCCGGGAGCGAGAGGGGAAGCGAGGCGCAGAGGGCGAGCGGGGCAGCCGAGAAGAACGGCAAAGGCGAGCAAAGGGAGGGCAAGAGCGCGGGCCGAAAGGGACGGCGGGAAGAAGAAGGAGAGGGGGAACAACCACCGGGCGGGGCAAGCAAGAAGGAGCGGGAAAAGGGGAGCAGCGCAAAAAGGCGCGGGAGGGCGGAAAGCAAGCGCCACGAGCCGGGGAGGAGACGCGCGCAGACGGGCGGAGCAAGGGCGGCGGCACGAAAGGAGGGGGGAGAAAACACGCGGGCGGAGAAAAGAGAAGGACCAGAGGCGGGGGGACAAAGCGACGGGGAGGACAGGAGCGGCGGAAGCACGAAGCCAAGCGGGGGGAAAAGGGCGCAAGCGGAGGAAAGGCAAAGGGGAGAGGAGGAGGAGGGGGGAACGGAACGAGGGCGGGGGGGCAAGGCAAACAAGGCCCAGAGGGAAGAGGCAGAAAGCAAGCCAAAGAGACCAAGGAGGGAAGCCGAAAAGGGGGCAGGGAGGGAAAAAGGGCGGGGAAAAGGCCAAGGAGCACAGCCCGCAGAAGGGACAGGGAGAAGGAAGGAAAGGAGGGGGAGCAAACAAACGGGCGAGGGAGGAGGGGGGCGCGCCGAGACCGGACAGCAAGCAGACCGGACAGGGCGGGGCGGGGGGGGGAGGGGCACGAGGGCAAGCGAAGCCGAAAGAAAGGCACCGAAGGGCAACCGAAAAAGAGAGGAAGAGAGCGGAAGGGAACGCAAAGGGGCGGGCGCGGGGAGCCAAAAGAGGGAGCAGGGGAGCGAGGGGGAGACGCAGACGCGGAGGGCGCGGGAGGGCGGAGGGAGCGAAAAAGGACCGCAGGAACCGGGCAGGGCCGAGGAGGACGAAGGGGGCGGGGGGAGGAAAAAGCAAAACGCGAGGGCCACAAGGACGGCGGAAGCCGAAGACAGAGCAGCGGGAAGCGGCGGGGCGCAAAGCGGAGGGAGGAGACACCAAGGAGAGAGGAGGGCAGAAAGGCACGAGAAGGGAGCAGAAAAGGCGAGAACACGAGGGCGAGCGCGAGGACGAACAAGCCGGGGCGGCACGCGCGGACCAAGCAGAGGGACAGCAAGGAGCACGGCAGGCGGGAGCAGGGCGAGAAAAAGAACAGAGCGCGGGAGGAGGGCAAGACGGAGGAGCAACGGGCAGAGAGACGCACGAAACCCGGAAGGGAAGCAAGAGGCGCGCGGCGAAGGCAGGAACGCGGAAGGAGGGAAAGGACAGAAAGCGAGAGAAGCAAAGCGGCAAAGAGGCGGGCGCGCGAAAAGCAAAAGAGGGGAGGCAGCCGCACACGCAAGGAGCGGGAGAAAGGAAGGACGACGAGGAGAAGAAAGGGCGCAGCGAACAAAAAGGCGAGGGGGGGCGGGCAGGGGCAGGAAGGAGGACGGGAAGCGAAAGAACCAGGACGGAGGCACGAGAAGGAAAGAGGGAAGGGCGCAGGGAGCCACGAGGGACGGAGCAACAGCGCAAGCAGGGCCGGGAACACGCGCAACACAGACGAAACCGGCGCCGGACACGGCCGAGAAGGAGGCACGAGAAGCGGCCACGCGGGGGGCAAGCCCAGGGGAGAGGGCAAAGAAAACAGGGGGCGGGAACGAAGCGACAGGGGGACGACGCACCCGCAGGCACCCCCACCAAGAGAGCAGCGCCGCGCAAGGCCACCGCAAGCAGCAAGAAAAAGAAAGCGGGAAGAACGGGGGAGGCCACGGGGACAAAGGGGGAGGGGAGCGGGGGCAGGAGCGGGGGAGGGAGGACGCGAGCAGGCAAAGAGGGGGCAGGAGCGAAAAGAGGGGGGAAGAGGCGCACGGGAGCGGGGGCCGAGAGAGGAGGCGGCGAGGGCAGGAGCGGGACGCAGGCACAAGAGCGGAGAGAAGGAGAAAGAGGGCAGGAAGGGAGAAGGGGAAAGGAAAAGAGCAACGAAGCGGAAAAAAGGGCCAAACGGCGAAAACAGCAGAGGCAGAGAAGCCGACAAGCGGCCGAAGGCCACCGGCAGAAGGCGGGAAGAAGAGGGGGAAAGGGGCAGGGACACCGACGCCAGGCCCAACACAGCACCAAAGGGACAAGGAAACGCAGGACAAAGGGAGCAACGAGGCCAGGGCGACAGAAGGCGGACGGCAGGGAACAAGCCACGCGGCGGGCGAAAGAGAAAGGCGGAGGAGGAAAAAGGGCGAAGGAGCAAACAGCGGAGGAAGGGCCGCAACCGAGGGAACAACGGAAGAGAGCACGAGGGGGCACGCGCGGCCGGAACGCAG